AUGAAACAGUAUUACAGAAGAAUAUCCAAGAUCCAAUCGGGCUCCUUCAGUUUGGUUUAUAAAGCACUAAAUGACUUAACAAAAGAUGUGGUGGCUUUAAAAUGUAUACCGAAACCUCUUGGUGAUAACGAAAACAAUAAACUGAAAAAAAUCAUAAGGGUAGUUAGUAAUGAAUAUAAAAUAUUAAACAAACUAGGUAGGUCCAACCCAUUCAUAUGCACAAUGGUUGAUUUUUUUGAGACUGUUGAUUGUUUUGUUUUUGUUUUGGAAUAUUGCGAACAUGGUGAUUUAUAUGACUACAUUAAGUUUGUGCGGAAUAAUCCAUCAACUGCCACCAAAAUUGAUUUUGUCAAGCUUGUUUCUCAACUGGUUAAUGCUUUAGAAUAUUCCCACAAUUUAGGGAUAACACAUCGGGAUAUAAAGCCUGAAAAUAUACUUUUGGAUUCCAAUUUGAAUAUUAAACUAACUGACUGGGGGUUAAGUUUGAUUGGUGUAAAAUCUACUGCCGCUUGCAUAGGCACUGAAAAGUACUUGGCACCAGAAACAUUUGCACCCAACUUAAUUUUGGAAGAGGUUGAAAAUUCAAGCCUAGCUGGAGAAGACAACGUGCCCAAUUAUGUUUCUCAUAAAAUUACUAACCAUGGCCAUACUCUCAAUAAUGGUAACACGAAUCAUCCAGGUAUUGGUACCAGUUUUAAAUUUGAUAGCAGCGGUUAUGAUUGUAUCAAAGCAGAUUAUUGGUCAUUAGGUAUAACUCUACUAUAUACUUUAUUUGCAUCAUGCCCAUUCAAAUAUGCCAGCUUAACCAAUCCGCAAAAUCCAAGCAAAAAUUCAAAUAAUAGAAAUUUCCAGAGAUUCAUAAGCAAUCCAAUGAGUUUUAUUGAUGAGUACUAUUUUCAAAGUAUACUUAGACAAGAAUCCAUGAAUAACGUCUAUUCCAGGAGAACAAUUCACGCUUCUAUGAAUAUUAAGGAACAGAAUACACCUGCUUUUUGGUUGUCGUUCUUUCAAAAUCAUGACCAUACUGAAAUGGAAAAAUCAUACAGAAUACAUAUUUUACAUGGAAUUUCUGAGAGAGUUGUUAAAUAUUUAUUACCUUUGGAUUUUACCAAAAGGUCUUUGACUAAAUUUGAUAUGCAUUUCCAAUCAUUUAUCUUGGGGCAACAACCACAAGUUCUUAUGAGAAAGAAUCCGAAGAAUACCAUUGAUGGUACUACAAACAAUCAUAUUACCAAGAAUCCUUUGUUUAAUGGUCAUUUCCAUAAUCCGUACGCUUUACGGAUGACUCUACAACAACAACAACAAGAACAACAACAAUUACAAUUUCAGCAACAAAACCAACUGCCCUUACGGCACCAGCAUGUGCAAGAGAUACAUCGAAGUACACAGCAGCAAGAAGCACAACAUAAACACACUUUCUAUAACCGGAUCCCCAAUAACAUAACUUCGAGUACACCAGUGAUGAGUUAUUCUGGAUAUGACUUGAAUUAUGAUGAUGGAGGCACUACAACGCUGAUUAAUAACAACACUGAUAAUACUAAUAGUAACUCAAGUGCACAUAAUGAUAAUAACGCCUCCACUAAUUCGCCACUAGAAAAUUUCCAUGGCGAUGGUAUUAGGGCUGGAAUCAUAACCAGUAACGCUAGCAGUAACCGUGCUGCCAGUGUUGCAACCAGUCCUCUUUCUCAUAUUGGAAGCAAUCAGGUAGCUCAUUUACCUACACCGGGUUCAACAAGUACUACAAUAAUUCCUAAUCAUAAUCUUGCUACUAAUGCUACAACUAUUAACAAUAAUAGUGCCAAUACCAUCAAUAAAAAUAACAGCAAUACAAUAAUUUACGAUGCUAGUGUAAAAACUAAUACUGCUGAUAAUAAUAAUAAUAAUAAUAAUAAUAAUAGUGUCUUACAGAGUUUUGCGACAAAUAACAACAGUAAUUCAAAUAAUAUGUUUAAUGUUAGUAAUUACAUUGAUAACAGUAAUACGAAUAUGACAAUACCCAAGAUAAAUACUCCUCCUGAAACCUGCAACGACAAUGUUCACAGUACAUUAAUGAUGGGUACUACCACUACUACUACUUCUAAUAAUAAUACUAAUACUAAUGACGUAAACAUUAACAUUGAUAAUGACAGUGAUCUAGCUUUUUAUUGUAACGGAAUGGCUUUAGAUCCGACAUUCUAUGCUAAUUAUGCAAAUACUUUGGCACAAGAACCAACGGGAGUUGCAAAUGAUGUAAUUAUUCCAAAUGCUAAUAACACCAACAACCAUUAUAAUUUAUUACAACAGCAACCAAUUACGGAUACUCAUACUAAUGUUAAUUCCUCUAACAUGAAUAUUUAUGCACUGGAAAAUAAUAACAAUAAUGUCGACAUUGCAGAUAGUAAUAUGAAUAGUGUAUCUACUGGUAAUAAUUUUGAUCCUUUUAUGCAUACCAAUUGUUGA